GAUGGGGGAAGAGGAAUGGAAAAAAAAGGCACCACCUUACGAAACUCGUCUCGUGAGAGAAUUCAGGGUAGGAACCCGUUGCGUGCCUCUUUUAUUCGCGAAAUAAUCGUUUGAGGCUCCCGCCUAGCACAACUUCAGUCGUUGACCACGUGCUUUCGCGUGAGGGAGUCUAUGUAAUCGUAUUCGUGAGUGUAUUGUGUCGUAUUAAUCGGAAAACGUCGUAUCGAGUUCUUUCUCACGCGCGAUUAAUUUUGGUGUUAGCUGAAAAUUAGUGAUUUCCAUGGCUUCCUUCAAUAUGCCUUUCAAACGUAAAUGCUUCAGAAAAACACCGAUCCACAUUGUUGAAAAUCACGAUGAGGUUUUACCAUUCAUUUAUCGAUGUUUGGGUUCAAAACAUCUUCCAUUUGAAGGAAAUACGUUUAUUCAUCUUGAUUCUCAUCCAGAUAUGCUUAUACCAAGGUGUAUGUCAGCUGAUGUUGUAUGGAAUAAGGAUGAAUUAUUUGGGGAUAUUAGUAUCGAAAAUUGGAUUAUGCCAGCAGUAUAUGCCGGUCACUUCAAAAGUUUGAUCUGGAUAAAACCACCGUGGGCAAAGCAGAUACCCGAUGGAAUAAUGACUUUUUUCAUCGGCAAGCAUAAGCAGAGCGGUACUAUAAGGCUCACGUGCUCCGAACCUUAUUUCAUGAGCGAGGGCCUAUAUGCACCUCUGGAGGAUCUCGAUAAUAUUCGCGAGGUCACUUUACACACGAUGACCAUUGGUCUUUUCAUCGAAGAUCCAGGGAAGAAAGAUGAUUUUUUGUCGAUCAGUACAGCUUUGCGACAAUACUUGCCAGAAAAGGACACACCGUAUAUUCUUGAUAUCGAUCUAGAUUUCUUCAGCACUAGGAAUCCCUUCAAAUAUAUCUACGAUGAAAUAUAUCUUUACGAUAAACUUGCUCCUAUCUACUCUUUUCAACGGCCCGAUACAACCGAUCCGGAGAUCCUGAAAGAAAUUACUGCCUUCAGAAUCGAACAGCUCGACGAGUUGGAAAAUAUCUUCGAUCAUCUCGAAGACCACCGUACUUUGAAGAACUACCAAGGAGAGAAGUCAGCACGAAAUCCAAAAAGAAGGACGCACCGCCAGUCGACACUUCUGGUUUUUCUUACGAUUUUCCUUCGGUUUUUUAAAUUAAGCGUUCCGUUCCCGUCCGAAGUAACCCAUAAUUCGUUUAUCAAGUUUCUGUACUCUCUGCUUCGCUCCGCCCCCAGAGAAAAUUCUAUUCAUUAUUCCAAUACAAAUAUAAUAUUUCGAUCGGUCCUCGUUAAUAACGUAUCAAACGAGACUUCUGUCAGGAACAACAAACAUUGAAGAAUUUUCGCCAAUAAAUUCUUUGUGCAAUUUUAUUUGUUUACGCAAUGACGUCUAUAAAUCGGUAAAAAAGAAAAAAAGAAAAAAAAAAAAACAAAUAUAAAUAAAUGAUAUAAUUUUUAAAAGGUACUUACUCAGAAAACGCAUCGUUUUUCGGUGUCUUCUUAAAUUCUUCGAAAUUCGUCAAAUUUUCUUCAUAAUACGUAGAAAUGAUCGAACACGAAAGGAUCGUUAGUUAAUACAUAAGAUGUACGAAGUAAAUGUAGAAACUAUGUGAUAGGACAAUCAAGGACUAACACGAAAGGAAGGUCAUGAUAACAAAAAGAGAAAGAGAGCGAGAAAGAAAGACAAAGAGAGAGAGGAGAGAGAGAGAGAGAGUAAUGAAGAGAAAGUGAAAAUGAAACGAGUGGGGGAGAGCAGAGAGUGGGAGGGCGAGUUAUUAAGAGCACGGAGAAGGUCGAGCAUGGUGGGGUGGUACCUAGUGACGUAAUUAAUUCAAAACGAAGACACGAUGCAGCGCCACGGAAGGGAAACAAUCAGCUGUUGACUCUCCUUGGAGGUAUUUGGCGCGCUCGCUCUUACGCUUGUAACGAGAAACACUGUCCUAUGUGAUUAUUUUUUUAUUUUUAUCAAAGAAAUUUUCAAAGAUAUUUUACGUGAAAUUUCUUAUAAAACUUCGGACGAUCUAAUUUCUUAAAAAAUAAAACGUGUAAAUAAUCGGCGAAGAUAAAAGUCGUGAAAAGCAAAAAUACAAACAAAUUGUUAUCUUUUGAUUUGUCACUAAUCAAAACACGCACGUAAAAGAGAAGAUAAUAAAGAGAAAGAAAGAGAGAGAAAGAGAGAGAGAGAGAGAGAGAGAGAGAAAAACAGAAAAAAAAAUAAAAAAAUAAAAGCUGUGACAUCUUUAUGGAAAUUAUUUUUGCUAAUUGCUUUUUUUUCACGACGUUUUGAAAGACAUCACAAAGAUAAUAAGAGUUAACGUUUCACGGAAGUUCAUUCUUUCGAAAACUUUGUCUUCCCGAAAAAAGAUUGGGGAAAAGAACGUUGGUGCCAGGACGAGGGCGUAGGAAGGACUGAGAGAGGAUCCAGAAACGAAUCCUGCCAUCUCGAAGGACCGUCCAACGGGAACUGUACCGUCGAACGUCGCGACGCCGGCGUCUGCGUCCCAUCUGCCUAUAUAUAUGUCUAUAUAUAUAUAUAUAUACAUAUAUAUAUAUAUAUAUAUAUGUAUAUGUACACAUAUUGUAUAUGUAGGUAUAUGUAUCUACGCGCUUACAUAUAUACAUAUAUACACAAGCUUGUUUAAUAUGUUAUCCUUGUAUGUGUGAAUAUCCUCCGCUAGAUUCAAUCCGUCUUCGGUUAGACAGUAUAUUUCGCCGAAUACUUUCAAUUCUUCCACGUCUCGUAGUUGGACUAUAUUUCACUCCUUUAUCAUACACGCGCGAGUCUGCCGGAAUUCAAAACGUACGUAUGUACAUUAUAUGAGUAAUAUGUAAUUCUUAACAAAGAAACACGUAGAAAAAUAUUUCGUUGAACGAUAAAACGUAAUGUGAUAAAAGAAAAAUAAAUUGAGAAGGUUCAAUACAUUCGUCGAAUAAAACUUUGGGAAUAAUUUUAUUUUGUAUUAUCACAUUUCAUUAUAAACGAAUGCAUGUAAAACUUUUAAAUGAAAGACGGAAUGGAUGAUUUGAUUGAAGAAAUUAUUAUUAUUAUUAUCUAAAGAUAAAUGAAAAGACAAUAGCAAAAAAAAAAAAAAAAGAAAAAAAAAAGAAGAAAAGAAAAAUGUCGACGGGAGGAAGUUUCGAAUUUGUACUUUUUCCGAGUUUCUCGUCAAUACUUUUUCUGAGAAUCGUGUCCUGCGCGCAGAAACUCACCCUUUCCUGACCCCGCGUAAAACGCGACGCCCUCGAGGCAACUCCUGCCUUGGCUGGCUGACACGCAGGCGUCAACAUGGCCGCGGCACGUCGACUCCAUCCGCCUAAACGAGUCUCUCCUUCGUUUAACUCCUAUCAGUAAUUAAUAAAACGCCACCAAGUGCUGCGUUGUUCGGGGAUGUCGCGUAAAAGUAAAAACUCGACGAGGGAAAAUUAUUUCUUGUGACGUGCUAAUCUAAUAUCUCGACUCGAGAGAAAAUCUUUAGUGUAUCCUUUAGAACAAUGCGUUUAACAUCGGCGCACCGUGAAGUGUUUCUUAAACGAAAGAAAUUUGUUAAUUAACAACGAACGAGUUCAUCAUUGACGAUUGCUUUUACGCGAAUAUUCAAAGUUUCUUUCUUCAAGAAAAAAAUAAAAAAAAAAAAUAAAAAAAAUAAAAAAAAAAUAAAAAAAAAAGCAAAAAAAUUUCUCUUCAUUAGCUUCGCGUACGCUAACGACAUUCUUUCGAAUUUCGUUUUAAGGCCGACAAAUUAACGUAAAUUCGAUCGAUAAAAUAAUAAUGUCGAUUAGAAACAUGCUUUUCGUCUUUUCAAUCGCGAUUCGAAACAAAUUAUUUCAAACAAUUUCAACUUGAUUAACAUAUAUACGUUUUAAGAGAAUUAUUACAAAUUAUUAAUAUAACAAAUUUCCAAAUACUUUACUUAUAUCUAUAAAUCCUUCGAAGAUACUCGAUGUUUCUCCCCUCGUCACAAAACAAAGUUACACUGUACGAUCGUGUACGUAUGUAUGUAAGUUUAGAAUAUUUCUUUCGUUCUAUUUGUCCUAUUAUCAUAAACAUUACACACAGGGAAGUGAUUUACAUUAAGAUUAAGACACGAUAAUUCACAGUUUACACUCUUUUAGAAAAGAGAGAGAGAGAGAGAGAGAGAGAGAGAGAGAAAGAGAGAGAAUGAAAGCACAAUAUAAAUAAAGGAUAGUACAAGGGUGUUCUUUCAGAACCUUCAGAUCUGUUUUCCAUUCUCUUUGCUCGUAUUAUACAACUCGUACUCUUACCUUUACAAUAGCGAAAGAGAAAGAGAAAGAGAGAGAGAGAGAGAGAGGAGAAAAAAAGCACAGAAAACGACACAUCUUGAACGGUAGUUCAUUAAAGUGGAGGGACAACUCGACUUAACCCCUCGUCGAUGAAACUGAGUCACAUCGUGCAGCCGGCUGGCCGUAUAUGCAAAUCACUCGCGUGGGGUAUUUCCCCUUCUCUCCCCCUUCCUUCUUCCCUUUCUCUUCGCUAACAUAGAGUGGAGAGAAAGAAAAAAAAAAAAAGAAGCUUCGAUGGUGGGGAUGAACGAGGAAGCUCAUUAGUUUUUUUUUUUCUAUCGCGAUAGGGAUAUUCCGUUCGUAAACGGCGGCCAUCGUAACUCCCUUCACAGUUACUACUACCACCACCACUAUUACCAACACUACCACUACCAUCACCGCCAUCAUUGACCACCAAACUGCUCUUGAAUUGUUUAUGUGAGAGUAUGCUUUAUGCUACGAUAGGCGGGUUCAUAUCGGUGACCUAGAAACACGACGGACUUUUAUACGAAUUAUAAAGCAUACCUUAGGUCAUGUUAUUUUUUUUGUCUUCUUCUUCUUCUUCUUCUUCUUCUUCUUCUUCUUCUUCUUUUUCUUUUCGUUUCUCUUUUUUUUUUCUUUCCUUUCUUUUUUUUUAUGAACGAUAAAGGAAAGAACAGCGAACUUUAUCGCUGCCAAUUUUUUCUCUAUAUUAUAUUAAAUAUAUAUUAUCAUAAAUAUAUAUUAUGAUAUUAUAUAUACAUAUAUCGUUCUUUUUUCAAAAUAAUAAAUUACGAGCAAUAAGUUAAUUCGAUAAUUUUGCUUUGCUCUGACUUUUCAUCGUUUCCUGAGUCAGUGAUUCGCAAUAACGUAUGCAAACGGUAACACGCGAGAGAAAUCGUUCGAUAAAUCAAAUCAGAGAGUCAUUGUACGUUCGCGGUCUCCUCAGGUACACCACAGGAUUGCCAAAAUUGCGUUGGAUCGAGAGAGAGAGAGAGAGAGAGAGAGAGAGAGAGAGAGAGAGAGAGAGAGAGGGAACGAGAGCAGAUGAAAAUGAUUGAGAGGAAGAAGGAGCGAGUCGUGAGAAUGAAAAGCGCGAGGAAGGAUAUUCAAAUUUAGAACCCUCGUUAGUCCUCGAACUUCUCAAUGUGCAAUAAUUUAUCAUCGGGCCCCGCUGAGGUGAGCGACCGUACAAUACCAGACUACCUGCAUGCAUAAUUUAUCCGGAUUUUCAAGAAAGAAAGAAAGAAAGAAAUAGAAAAGGGCCCAGGAAGGAAAGGGUUGCUUCCGCAGGAACGUAUCGGUUCUCUUCUUUUUCUCCCUUUUUUACCAUUCUAAUAGAUAAACGUAAUAAAACGUAAUAAAUAAAAAGAUUAUGUUUUCGUCAAUGUGCGAAUAUCAUCUUAUAUCAUAAGUUUGAACUUGCGGAAAAUUUUUUUUAAAACAGGUUACAUGAUACUAGAUGAAUCAUCAGCUUUUGCAGGAUUGUGCAAGUACAAGAUAUUCUUAAUAGAUAAAAUAAUUCAUAACAAUGGGUUUUAAUAAACGUUCAACGAUACAGCCCUGGACCCUUCGUACAGGAUCCUACAUGUCACUGUGAAUGUGUAUCUGUAAAACCAGGAAGGAGCCCUCAACCCUUUUCCUUGGAGGAGAGACCUCUUUUUAUGCGUGGAUCGAAAAAAAAAAGAAAAGAAACGAAAAGAAAAAGAGAGAGAGAGAGAGAGAGAGAGAGAAAAGACGAAAAGGAGACGUCCCUUCGUCUCGGAUGCUAGCAAUCCUGCCCUACCGAUUCCAUCCUGCUUUUUCACGAUGAAAAGGCCUCCAAUGGGGGUCGGUUCAAUGGUAUUCUAAUUAUAUGCAAAGACGUACAACUACGAUGUACCAUCGGUUUUUCUUAUGUAAGAACGAAGGAUAUGCUUACGUAACGUACGAUUCCUUUUCCGGUAGUAGAAAAAUAUCCUACUCUUGAGGCAUAAAAAAUUUUAAUUAAUCGCGAAAAGAAACUACUAUCAUCAUAACAGAAUUACUCAUUAUAUAUCCUCGAUUGGUUAAAUGUUUAUUUAUCUAUCGUAGCAAUAGUUACUUGUUUAUCGAUCCCCCCUAUCUAUUAGUAGACAUUCUCGAAAUUCAAUUUACGUAGUUUCUCUUUACCCGUUCUUGUAUAACUUUCUCUUUCAGUCGCGAUAAGAUAUAUGUUUGUAUGAGACGAGAGACUAUCGAUGAACGUAUGAGUUAUCGCCGGGGCCUAAAUUGCUUGCCAAGCGGUGAUGUAGAGCUCGAGGCCGAAGAUUUAUUUCUCGAGUGGAAUGGUAAGUUAAGAGAGCUCUAAGCCGCGGAGCGUCAAGCUCAAGGAACGAAGUCUCGCCUCGUUUCGUGGCAGAACGUAUCAGCGCGAGCAACGUACUCAAGACUCGAUUCUCUUUCGGUAGACUUCAUCGUACUCCCGCAUUAUUUCCUUCCUUCGACACCGCACAAGCCCAAUUUCACGGGAGUCUCCCUUCUGAUCGUAAGCCAACGAAAAGCUAUAUAUAUGUGUAUGUGUGUGUGUGUGUAUGUGUAUAUAUAGGACGAAAGAGUAACGCUAGAAAGAAUGUCUCGAUCGAUGAAUUAAAUCAAAAAAUUUCAAUGACGCUGCGAUGGAUGUUGAAAUAAAAUUAAGACCUUGUAUAUUUCUUAAUAAAGAUAUAUCGUUAAUGAAAGAUAAAAAUAAUAGUGAUAUAUAUUCUUCAUUACGAAUGGAAACAUUAUGGGAUACAAUUUUUAGCAAUAGCCUGUACUUUGAUGUCAUCCUUAAGGAAUCCAGGAAUGCCAGCAGGGAAUAUCGAUAUUCCAUGGCUGUAUCGGCCAAAAUUUCAAGCAUGGCCGAGCCGUUUGAUGACAAACGCACCCUCGUACGCGGAGGGUGGAAGCAGAAAUGCGUCCACCCCGCCUACUCGAGAGGGAUGAAUUCGACCAAUUGAUGGGUUCUGGAGCCGGGUCUGGAUCAAUCAACGAACGCGUCGUUCAAAGCCAGUGGCCAUUCCUACACCACUGACCUCAUUCGUUGCUUUUUUUCUUUUUCUUCUUUUUCUUUUUGAAAAGCAAAUUGGAUUUUUAAUCCCAUGCGUAUGCCGACACAGAACGAAACAUUCUCGGUACUCCGUCUAAAUUUCGUUUCGUAUCUUUCGAUAUGUUAUAACCUUUGAAACAUCCUACAAAAUAUUACAAACUUUAAUUUAAAUAAACAAAUAGUACAAA